CGUAGCGAAAAUAUUGUAUGAAGUUGUAUAUCAGUGAGAUCGAUAGAGCACAAAAUUCUCUAUCUUUCUACCUAGAAAAUUAACUAUUGAACCUCAGACAAUGGGAUAAAAAUCUCAAAGAAGAAGACGUCGACAGGCGGGUCGCAGUUCGACAACUCAGCACCAUGCGAAAUAUUGAAUGGUGCUCAAACGGGAAAAACGCUAUCAGAGAUUAAAAUUAUAGGUUUUGUAGAGAAUUCAAUUCUCUAUCGAUUGACUUUAAAAAGAAUCCUUGGAACUAUUGGACGAUACCUCAAAAACAAGUGGCCGGUUUUAUCUGGUCCACCCGUUAUAUAAACUAACCAUGCCAGAAUUGAAUUCAAUAUUAAAUUUAAGAAAGAAAAUGAUACGGUCAGUCGUGUAACCUAUCUCCUCUUCUCUUCUUUCUCCCUUCAUUUCUAAAAGUAAAAUCGCAUUUUUUUACUUAUUUAUUUUGGCUGAAACAGAGCAUUGCUUUUCUCAUUUUUCAUGAUGGAUACAUUACAACUUAAAUUCUAUCGAAACACACUUCUUCGAUUAUAAAAAAGCUUAGAGUAUCAAUUUAAGCAGAAUUAAAAGUAUUAAGGUUAGACCUACGCAAAAGACAACGAGUGUUUAGGGAAAAAUACGUGUGUAUUGAUAUUGUAGUAAAUAGCAAAUGGUAUCAUGAUAAUUGUCAGUCAUGCAAUAAAUGCGAAAACUAUAUAAAUUAGCUAUUAUUUCAGUGUAAUGAAAAUGAAUGCAAACAUCACGCAUUACUAUUAUGAAGAUUAUUAUCGUUUUGAGUUUUUUCUCUCAUUAUGGUGAGAUUUUUAUAAUUGAUAAUAAGUUUUAUAAUAAUUUAAAUUUUUCUUUUGUUUCUGUUAGCAGUCACUCUCAUUCUAAGUGGUCCCAUUCCAUCACCUUCUCGUCCAUCUUAUGUAACUGCUGAAGAUUUUGAGCGAGGCAAAGUGUUGACACUAGAAGAGCGUGGUGCAAAUUUGACAGAUUUUCGUGAGUAUCUCCCAAACCAUCCAGAAACUCGCACCAAUGUAUGGCAUGAUUCGAGAUACAAAUGGCCAAACGCAAGAGUUCCCUACGUGAUCAGUUCUCGCUACAAUGAUCAUGAGAGAGCAGUGAUUGCCGAGUCCAUUCGAGAGUGGGAGUCAAAGACGUGCAUUCGAUUUGUUCCAGCAUCAAGUAACGAUCGUGACUAUCUCGAAUUGACACCCGACGAUGGGACAAACAACUAUUGCUAUUCACAUGUUGGUCGCCAAGGUGGACGACAAUUUGUAAAGAUGUAUGCUCCAACGUGCAUCAGUGUUGGUCAGUAUGUGCAUGAAUUGGGUCACGCCAUUGGAUUUGGGCAUGAACAUCAGAGACCUGAUAGAGAUCAUUAUAUUCGUAUCAAGUGGGAGAAUAUUGAUCCACGUAAGAAAAUUGAUUGUUUUACGGCUUUUGUCUGA